UUUAGUCAGCUGAGUAGAGAAGUACUGAAGAGGGGGGAGAUCACUUUUUGGGGUGGGGGAAGCUUAAUUUUUCGUCCUAUUCUGUAUAUGAAUGAAGUUCUUCAAGGCUACAUUGAGUCGAGAUAAGAGAACAAGCAACGUUUGCCAAGUCAAGACUGGAAAAGUAAUUUUUGUAACUUUUUAAGACAACGACCUCCCGCACCCCAUAAGAUGAUUGACACACUUGUAACAUCAGAAGCUCAGGACCUUCUUUACCAGCUGAACUCACUCUUGGAGCAGGAGCUGAAAUGCCAGCCAAAAGCUUGUGGUCUGAGGUUGAUUGAAACUUCUCACGACAAUGGCCUCCGGAUGACUGCCAGACUUCGUGACUUUGAAGUGAAAGAUUUGCUUAGCUUAACUCAGUUCUUUGGUUUCAGUACAGAAACAUUCUCAUUAUCUGUGAACCUCUUGGACCGGUUUUUAGCCAAAAUGAAGGUACAACCAAAACAUCUGGGCUGCGUCGGCCUAACCUGCUUCUACCUAGCUGUAAAAAGCACAGAAGAGGAAAGAAAUGUACCCCUAGCAACGGAUCUGAUCAGAAUAAGUCAGUACAAGUUCACAGUGUGUGACAUGAUGCGGAUGGAGAAGAUAGUUUUGGAAAAGUUGGGCUGGAAAGUGAAAGCUACAACCACUUAUCACCUCUUACAACUCUUCCAUUCCCUUCUGAUUGAGAACUUAUCAGGCGAAAGGCAAAAGCUGUUCACAUUGGAACGUCUUGAAACAAACCUAAAGGCCUGUCACUGUAAGCUUGGAUUCUCCAAAGCAAAGCCCUCCAUCUUGGCAUUGUCUAUACUGGCGGUUGAGAUGCACGAACAAAAGCUGCUUGAAUUGACAGAUGCAAUGGAAAGUCUACAAAAACAUUCCAAGAUCAGCAACAGAGAUGUGUUCUGCUGGAAAGAAUUGGUAUCCAAGUGCCUUGCAGAAUAUUCUUCAAGCAAAUGUUUAAAGCCAAAUGUUCAAAAGCUUAAAUGGAUUGUAUCCGGCCGCACAGCGAGACAGCUAAAGCACAGUUACUACAGAAUAGAACAUCUUCCCACAAUUCCGGAAUCGGGCUCCUUAACCCAUUGAAGAGUCGAAAAGAAGAAAAAAAAGCAGUGUGACUUUAUUUUCUAUGAACAAUGGAGCUUAAUUUGAAUGCACAACUGUGAAGCCUACAGAUAACAUGGCAGCUAGUUUUUAAGUUCUCAGAAGUUUCAAAUGUGAAGAACAAAAAAAGAAAAAAAAAUAUGAAAAGGUUUUCAGUACUUAGAGAAAUAUGCAAAGAACUAGAGACUUUGUUUGGCCACAAGCACUUUUCAGUAAGGGGAGUGCUGGCGAAAAUGUGAAAUGGGAUGUUGACUGGGGUCCUAUAACCUGACUCCAACAGUGACUGUUGUAUGUUCACACCAGCUGCAAGGUCAAAUUUGUGGGUGAAGAUAUGGACCAGGGCUACGUAUUAUAAGCAGCUAAUGCAAGUUUAUUAUUAACUUUCACCUCCUCAAAUGAUGAAGACAUCAGGAUUAAAGGAGAACUCUAUCAUCAACAGCCAACCUAUUCUGUAUCUAUGUCUGCAGGACUCUAUUUAGACACAAGUAGUAGAGUUUUAAUUGAAAGAUUUCAAGUUUUGGAUUAGGUUUUCCUUUGGUGUUCUUUCACACAUACACUAUUUUUGCAAUGUUUUUGAACUCAAGCAUCUACUUCCUAUUUUUGGUGAUGUUUUCUUAUUUAACACUUGCAACAUACAUUUUUUUCUUUGCAGUGUUUUUCUGGUCCUAUAGAAAAGCUUAUUGAAAAAAACACCAGCAAAAAUACAAAGAGCAUGCAGAGUUAAACAAAAAAAGCUCUAGUAUUUAUAUAUGACUAUAGGUGAGAUAUAUCAAAACCUGUGCAGAGGAAAAAUUGACCAUUUAGAUCACUUCAUUUAUUUUUCAGAGGAAUUUUCUAAAAUUAAAGAAGCCAUCUGAUUGGUUGCUUUGGACAACUGGUCCACUUUUCCUCUGCACAGAUUUUGAUAAAUCUCCCCCUAUAUCCUAAAAAGUAAUAUCUAGCUGUAAAAUGCACAAAAAGUAUAGCUAAAGAUGUUGGAAGAAGAGAAAGAGAGGUGUGUGAAGCAAGCCUUAAGUGUAUGCUGUCCAGGUGCAUUUAUGUGGUUGUAUUUUAUGUGUUCCUGUUUUAUUCUGAUGGUAUUUGCUGCUUAGACUGAAAAUAUUGCCAUAUAUGCACCCUGGGUACCCAUAACUUGAUAUUAAUAUACUACACAUACUGAUGUACUAUCAUCAUGAUUUAUCAUGUCAUCCAUUGACUUGAGGAAUGAGCCUGUCACUGAACACACGCAUCCACAAAUGGAGUAUAGAAUAGAAUGCCGAACUAAUGUCCUAUGUAUUCUCUCAGAAAAAAAAUGCACUUUACUAGUUUAUAAUAUAUUUAAGUUGGUGCUGUGGUGCCACGCGAUGUUUCAAUGUUUGUUAGUCUUCAGGUGCUCAUUUUUUCUAUGUCAUACAAUGCACCUAUGUCAUCCACAAGUUGAUACCGCAAUCUACCAAUAUCAGUUACUGAUUUGCUCUGUACUAUAUACGGCCACUAAAGGUCGGCAAUUGUUAUUGAAAAAAAGUAAUUUAACCUGAUAUUGGCUAACUUUCUUUUAGUCACCAUUUGUGUCUCUUUAAGGGAUGCAUUCCAGAUUACCUCCAAAAGCUGAAACCUGGUCAAGGUUACCAAGAGUACACAAGUUAUGAGGGAAAUGCAAACAAUGCUAUAAUUCCUUCUAAAACUCAAUACUAUGAAACUGAGCUAAGAAAAAGUAAAAUUUGCCGAGGUCACUUACACUAUCCUAUGUACCUAUCAUGGGCACGGGUCCAACUCUGUUAUAUCAGAACAUAAUGUGGUAAUCUCCAUGAUUAUUGCCAGUAUUUAAUAUUUAAAGUCUGAUAUGAUGAGGUUGUAUAACGGGUCAGUGUGGCAGCUUUUGGACAGUGUGGGAAGGGUCUGUUUAUCUUCAAAGAUCACCUACUAACAACUAGACAUUAGAGCUGUCUGUCACUGCAAGAGCUGCCUAUAGGUUGGCAUAUUUUUAGAGGGCCAGUGCCAGUGUUACGAAGUGCCUCUGUACAAUGCAGUAAGAUGUGUACCUUUCAAUAAAAUUAUUGAAAAGAAA